GACGUCGAUCUGCAGGCCGGAGGUGUCGGGUGUCAGUUCGCGGAUUGGCUCGGCUCAGUUCGGUCCUGUUUUGGUUUUGUGUUGAUGUCCUGAAUAAAACCACGUCCUGCGGCUGCUGUCGUGGAUGUCUUCUCAUUCUUCUCCUUGUCCUUCUUUCUCUCAGGUGUUCCAGUUUUAAAGUUGACAACAUGAAGACACAGAUUGGGUAUUAUGUUCUCCUCGUUCUCCUCUUCAUCCACAUCUCUGUGGCCUUCUUCUUCACUGCAGUGUCAGCUCAGUCUGACAGGAGCAGCAGCGUGGUGGUGGCAGGUUACAACGUGAGUGCCCCGGCCGGGUCGAGGGUGGUGCUACAGUGUGUGAGCGGACGCAUGGUGUGGACCAGGGACAGGGUGAGGGACAGACAGAGGGUGGUCCACUGGGACAUGUACCGGGCCGAUCCAGACUAUGCCAUGGAGAGGGUGGUAGACAUGUUCUCUGCAGGAGACCAGAGGAUUUACAACUCCUACAACCUGGGCAGGGUCGGCAUCAUCCCAACGGCCUUCAAGGACGGAAACUUCUCCCUGGUCAUUAAAGACGUGACGAUGAAUGACAGAGGGCUGUACUCCUGUAACCUCCACCAUCUCUACUGUCACCUGUAUGAGACCAUCAGAGUACAACUCAACGUCACUAAAUCACGUCGUAAAGAACGGCGUUUCUGGGAUGGACACAAGGCCGUAUAUGUGGUUCUGCUCGGCAGCACUGUGGCACUGCCGUGCAUAAACCGUCGCAAUGUGUGGACAGACUGGAGCAAUGAGGAGGAAGAUCAGCAGGUGGUUCACUGGGACCGACAGUCACCAGGAAUCCACCAUGAUCGCGCUGAUCGGCUGGUGGACCUGUAUGCGUCCGGGGAGCAGCGGAGCUACGGGCCGCUGUUCCUGCAGAGGAAGAUGAACAUCAGUAAUCAAGCCUUCGCUGAGGGAGACUUUUCACUCGCUAUAUCUGAUCUACAGCCCACAGAUCAGGGGAUGUACUCCUGCCACCUCCAUCAUCACUAUUGUGGUUUACACGAGAGAAGAGAGUUCCAGGUCACAGUGGAGCGACCAGUGAUUAAGACCACACAACCAGCCAGUGGACAGCCCACUGAGGAGAAAGGUACAAUCCUCAUCACACGCAGGCGGAGAGUCAAAGAGUUUUAUCCACAGACAUCCAUGAGAUCCAGCAGAAGUCAGAGCAGCUCGGACGAGUUUGAGAUGGACGUCACUGAAGUCAGUCUGAGCAACGAGGAGGAGGAGAGAAGGUUUGACUACAAGAACAACCUACUGAAAGAGAAGGUCCACAUGAACUCUCAGCCUAAAGUCAUCGAUCUGGACAAAGAAAUGCAGAAAUUUUCUAAGUGAGAAAU